AUGAGACCACACGAAAGUUUUUCUCACUCGUGGUUUGUCAAAACAUACUCGAGACCCGACUACCUGAACCGGACAUGCCGCGUAGACCUCGGACCUGCAUUCUAUUUCCAGCCUGCCCCCUCUCCAGAAGAGCGCCAUAUUUCUGAAGGGAUCUGCAACAACAUCUUCUCGUCUUCUGUCUCGGGGCGUCACUGCGAUACGAUGAACAUCUGA